AACAGCGACAGUCCCGCAUGGUCGCUGUCAGUAGCCACUGGGAGUUUUGAUUACACCCUGCCAAAGUUCUGUCGUUCUCUGGUCCGGAGGGUCACCAUGGCCAGGCAGUGGUCUGAGGGCCACUCCUCAUCCAUCCUAUGUGUUGGAGCUUCUCUGGGACCUGAGGGUCUCAUCGCUUCAGGCUCUGAGGGUGGAGAGGUGACGGUUUGGGGCCAAGAGGGAAGCAUCAUAGGCAGACUCACUCUUCCUGGUGAAGAAGACAACACAAGUGUUGUGUUUUCACCAGCGGCACCGGCCCAUCUGUACGUGUCACAUGGAGACACAGUGAGUGUGCUUGACCCCAGGAACCUGAAGGGCGCUGUGGAGGAGUUUCAGGGUGCAGGGGAGGAGGAGAUCAAUGCUUUAGCUUUAAAUGAUACAGGUUCAGCUCUGGCAGUUGCUGAUGACUCUGGAGUAGUUCGUGUUCUGGAGCUUCCUGGGGGAAAAGUUUGCCGGACUCUUCGCAGACACACUAACAUCUGCUCCUCAGUAGCUUUCAGGCCUCACAGACCCAACAACCUGGUGUCUGCUGGACUGGACAUGCAGGUGAUGCUGUGGGGUCUGCAGAAGACUCGCCCGCUUUGGACACUGAACCUCCAGGAUGUAGCUGAAGAUGAAGGUGACCAACAGCAACGUCCUGGUCAGCUUUUUAACCCACCACUGGCUCACUGCGUUUCUGUGACAAGCUGUGGAAACAUUUUGGGUUGUGCAGCAGAGGAUGGACGAGUACAUCUGAUGCGGAUCGGCAGCGGCUCUAAACUGGAACAGCAUGGUGCAGUCAAAGCCCACAGUCAGGGAGCCUCACAAGCACACUUUGUUAGUUUGCCUUCCCACCCAUACUGGCUCGUCACUGGGGGAAAUGAUGGGCAGGUCGCCCUGUGGGAUCUCAGUAAGCACCCAGUGGUGGCUCUGGAAGGAAAAGCCAAAACCAGAGAGGCAACAGCUCCACGCAGGAAGAGCAAGAGUAAGACAAAAAGGAAAGAACAAUUGCAGGAUAAAGCAAAGACCCCAGGGAAGUCUGAAACAGAGAAAGAAGAUGCUCAAGUGGAGGAUGAAGAAGCAGCUGCAGAGGACGUGACAGACGACAGUUCUGGGCCCAAAUUGAGCAUCAGUCAUGGGGACAAGGUGAACUGGCUCUGUCCUGCUGUGCUGAAAGGAGAACAGUGUGUGGUAGUAGCUGAUCAGAGCAGCGUUCUGUCUGUCUAUCCUCUGGCUCACCUAUAGUGCCGUGAUUGUUACACCAUAUUGUUCACUCUCCCAUUUUGUUCAUUGCAGUGCAUUAUUUUGACUUGGUGUAUUUUUUUUGUGUGUUAUUGCUUCAAAUACCUCAGCUCUUCAGAUUGAAUGUGUUUGGAAUCCAAUCACUGUCAGUCAGUGCUUUUUCUAAAUUAAGAACUUUAUCAGUGGUUUGGAAAAACCCAAGGAUAAUUAAGCUUUCAGAGCAUAUUUUGAUGGCAGCCAAGUUGGCUGAUCAUCAAAAUGAAACAGUUAAGAUUAGUAGAUGAUUCUGCAACUCCACUGUCAUAUUGUUCAUCUCAGCUGUAUCAAAAUGAUUAAUUAUACCACAAGAACCUAAUUAGUUUGACUCUUCAUCACAUAUUAGUAACUAUUGGCUGCAGUUUAUAAAUGAAUAAAUCUGAUUUAAUGGUAUUUGCCUUGAUGCCGACUAGAGAACUUGUAAAUCAAGAUUUGAGGAUUAGAGGUAGGACAAGGUUUGUAUCCCUGCAUGUCUGGUCUUAAUGUUAAUGGUGGUCUGUGAAAAGCUUACAGAUUUCUCCAUUAAAGUUAUGAUUUACAGAUGGUUUCCUGGAAUAAUAAAUGAAUUAUCAUUUUUGUGAUGCAUUAUCAUUUAACUUCUUUAUAAUCAAACAAUGUGUCACUUAAUUAAUCUUAGGAAAUACAUGAGAAGGUUCCUAGAAAGUGUUUAUCUAGUCCGUCAACCUUGACUGACAUCUUAUAUCAGGAUCUGACUCCUUUCUAUUAUACAAGCGCAGAAACUAAUUAAAACAGUGUUCUACUCACGUAUGAAGAAAGCAGCACCAGAAGGGUAAAGCAAAUUACCCUUCGGCAAUCAUUACCUAAACAGCAAUCAAAAUCCACAAAAUGUGAUUUGUACUGAAUGUGUUUGAGGCUCAUUUAAUACAAUGUUCACUCAAUUAAUUUGGCUCAGUGGAGGUUUAGUACGUGUGGCCCUAUAAAAAGUUCCUCUUUUGAAAUAUAUUUGGCAGUCUGACACUGAAUUUGUCAUUUUUGUAAACAUAUGUUUGUGGUCAAUGAAACAACCACAUUGUUUAAAAUAAAUCUGUAUUUCACAUCUAA